UGCCGAUAUCAUUGAACUCGAUUAAUUGUGUCUAUUAAUGUGUGUUGUGUACUCAGUGUAGUCAGUGUAUUGUAGUGAACGCAUGCAGAGAGCUGGACCACCAUGCUACUGCGAGUUAUUGCUGUAGUUACUCUGUGCUUGUUGCACAAUGCUAACUGCCAGUUCGGUCCGAACAAGCAGAGCUUCGGCUACGUGGAUGUCCGCGAGGGAGCGCACAUGUUCUACUGGCUGUUCUACACGACGGCGGCGGCGGCGGCGGCGGAGCGCCCGCUCGUGGUGUGGCUGCAGGGCGGGCCCGGGGGCUCCUCCACCGAGUACGGCAACUUCGCGCUCAUCGGCCCGCUCGACAUGAGGCUGCAGCCCAGGAACUACACUUGGGUGAAUGACUUCAACGUUCUGUUCCUGGACAACCCUGUCGGCACCGGGUUCAGCUACGUCGAUGACUUGUCGUACUUGACUACUGACAAUCAGCAAAUUGGCGAUGACUUUGUUGCAUUCAUGCGUGGUUUCUACUUGAAGCAUCCCGAGUUCGAGUCUGUCCCUCUGUACAUCUACGGACAAUCUUACGGAGGGAAAAUGGCAGUUGACAUGGCUCUUAAAAUGAAAGAGGCAGAAGCUGCAGGAACAAUCAAAUCGAAUCUUAGAGGCAUUGGCAUGGGCAACGCGUGGAUCCACCCGAUAGACCUCACGAACGCCUGGGCUCCGUUGCUGCUGGCUACCGGCCUCUUGGACCAAGCAGGCCACGACCUCAUCAUGGAAGAAGCCAAGAAAACUGAACAAUUAUACAAGGAGGGGAAGUUUAAAGAAUCUACUGCACAGUGGUCUGAGACGCAGUUCGUGCUUCGGUCAUCCACAGGACCUCUGGACAUUUACAACAUCUUGACUAAGGAACCUCGGUUCGGCAUUGGGAACGGGGAGACGGACCCUGAGGAGCUGAUGAAUACGCAGGUGAAGCCGGCGCUCGGCAUCCCGGACCACGUGGUCUUCGGCAGCCAGGCGGGCGACGUCUUCGAGUACCUCGAAACUGACUACAUGAAUCCUGUCACCGACGGAAUUGAAAGACUCCUGAAUGAGACGGACAUCAUCGUGACCAAGUACAACGGCAACAUGGACCAGAUUUGUGGCACUGCAGGUCAGAUGCUGUGGGUGGAGCGCCUGCAGUGGGCCGGGGCUGCGCAGUUCCAGGCGGCCCCCCGCGAGCCCGUCUGGGUGAACGGCCGGUUGGAAGGAUACGUGCAGUCUCACGGCAACUUCCGGUUCUUCUACAUGAACGUGGCGGGACACAGUGUGCCAAAAGACAGCCCGGAAGGGAUGACGGCGAUUCUACGCGAUAUGACUUCGUUUGGUUAAAUAAAAAAAGAUUUAAUUUAAAA